GUGGUGCCAAGUUGGAGGAGGGGACUCAAUUUGAGAAGCUCUCCAGGCUCAAGCAACAAAAUCCCUGUCCUGCUCUCGAGGCAGGAGUUUGUGAGACGGGGUAGGAAUGGAAACCGUGGGAGGUGAUGGCCUGGGCAGUUUAUACUCUCGUAGGGGAGGCCUGGGGCCCCCAUGUAUCAGGCCAAGGAUUACUAACCGCCACCUUGGUUAGGUCGGGGACGGGAAUUCUCCCCAGAUACUUGGCCGCCAUUUUCGGAAAGGGAAGCCGUGUCUCACUUGGGCAGAAAUCGAUGAGGCUGAAACUAAGAAGGAAAUCCUAGAGGUGUAUGGGGAGGAUUCACCAAACAGCCACUGGAGACUCAAACCCCGAAUCAGACUCACUGAUUUGAUUUUCAGUCAGCCGACUGGAGUUGGGAACUUGAUCCAGAGAGAAGAGGACGGAGAAAGGGAGAAAACUGGAAGAGGAGGACAGAGAUAGGGGGAUAGUUCUGGAUUUCAGUCGAAAGAGGAAGGAGGGUAGAGCCAGGAGUUUACAGAAUUGAGAAAUAAGAGAGAAGAAUAAUGUUCCUUAGGAUCUGGACAUGUCUGUUCUGAAUUUUUUCCUGCAAUGACAGUAAAUGACUUUUGUAAACUCCUUUUGCAGGAUAUUAGAAGAGAAGUAUUUGCAGAUAUUAAACACAAAUCAAAUUUCCUGCUGUGAAUGGUUGACUCAUGCAAUUUAUGAGGAGCUGAGUCCCUUCAGCCUCUGAAUGUGGAAGGAGAAAUGUUUGACCUGUAUGUAGGUGAUACACACAAUAUUCAGCUGACAAUAUUGCAGUGAGGAGACUGCAUAAAAGAUUUACCCUGUUACACAUCCAAUGUGGGAGCAUUCCAGCAUAUUUCUUGUGGAGAGAAAUUGAACCAAUCAAUCAAGAAGGUUGGGAAAACAUUUACACCAUUCACAGUGGGGAGAUACUCUGCUCGAGCAAUGUGCUGUCAAGGCUUCAGUUGAUCAACCAUUCUGAAGUGAUACAAAGGUGACAGUACUGUGCAGAAACCAUGGAAAUGUGAGAACUAUAGUAAAAAGAUUCAAUUACCCAUCCCAGCUGGAAAUCCAUCAAUGAAUUCACAUCAGGAAGAAGCCACUUACCUGUUCUGUGUGUGGGAAGGAAUUUAAUCAAACAACCAAACUCAUGUCACAUCAGAGAAUUCACACUGGGGAGAGACCGUUCACCUGUUCAGAGCGCGGGAAGAGAUUUACAGACAUCCUGGCUCAUGUGACAUCAGUGGAUUUGCACCGAGGAGGGGAGAAGCCAUUCAAUUGUUCGGUGCAUGGGAAGAGAUUCCCUCAUUCAUCCAGCCUUCAAUCACACCAGCAAAUUCAUACUGAGCAGAAACUAUUUGGCUGCACCUCCUAUGGAAUGAAGUUCAGACACGCAUCUGCCCUCAUUGGACACCAGCGAGUUCACGCCAAGGGGGGGGGGAGAAAACCAUUCGCCUGCUCUGUAUGUGGGAAGGGCUGCAGUCAAUCAUCCAGUUUGCUGAGACACCAGCGAGUUUAUCCCAGAGAAAAGCUGUUCAGCUGCACUUCCUGUGGGAGUAGUUUCAGGUGUUCAUCUUCGCUCUGCUCAUCAGCAAGUUCACACGAGAGAAGGCCAUUCAUCUGCUCCAUUUGUGGGAAGCGAUUCACUCAGUCCUUCAACUAGAGAUAAAUAAGUGAACCUGAAUACGUUUAUACUGCAGUAGUUCAAGGAGGAAACUCACCAGCAUCUUCUCCAGGGUGACUAAUGAUGGCCCAGCAAGAGAUUUCCGUAUUUUAAGAAAGAAUUGAAUUCUGCUACCAAAAUUAAGUCUGACAAUAUUAGAUCUGUUUCAACUGAUGUAAACACAACUAUAAUUGGCUGCAGUUUGGUAAUCUGGAUAUAUUGCUGAUGGUUUGGACAAGUGUCCCUUUUUAAAAGCACCAACGGUCAUUCUGAAUUCAAGAUUUGUGUUUGGAGAAAGAAGCAGAUGCCUUGUGAAAGGGAAAACAUGAAAAUCAAUUUAUAGAAAGAAAGCUGACAAAGGAGAUGACCAAACAAGUUUUGUUCAUCAAUGCUUGCAGGGCCAACUGCUCCUUUCACUGCCCUGUAUUGUACAG